AUGCCCGAGACUGCCAUCCCGAGCCGGGCCUGGCAACACCGCUUUGACGGGAAGCCAAUCUCCCCGACCCCCGCCAUCGCCGAACUCGAUAUCGAACGGAAUGAGUUAGCCCACACUUGGAAACGGUUUAUCAGCCUCCUCCUACCCCAGGAUCAGGUUCAAUGGGAGGAGCGACCACAGACGGUACUCGACGUGAAGACCUUACUCGGCAACAUCAAGACAUUCUGGAUGUCUCGUCCCCGACCACGGGUCUUUAGCGACUCCAUGGACCUGUGCGAUCGACUCCUUCCGACGGUGGACACUCACGCGACCCUUCUUUCUACUCUGCCGGACCAUAUGGCCUAUAGCCCCUUAUUCUAUGGAGUCGUCCAGUCAGUGAUUAAGGCGUCGUCACAUUAUCCACGGGUAAUGGAAGGCUUAGCUACUGCCUUGCUAAAUAUUCACGAUGCUCUAGGUCUCCCUAGUGAUCCUAGCCUAAUCUCAAGCGCCGUCCAACAUAUUACGAAAACCUACACUCUAAUAUUCUUCUUUUUGACCGAAUUCAUGGACUGCCAGGAUGUGUACUCCGAAUUUCAUCAUCUGGUCAUCUAUAUACAACUGCAAGCACAGAAUUUUCCAUGGCAACAUGCGGUCAUGGACGUCGACGAUGAAGAGGAGGACCCGUAUAGCCCUCGGGCACUGUGGGAGGAAUCUCGACUCAGCCAAGUAGGACGCCGGGGAAAGGAUCGUCGGAUAGCGGCACAAAAUACCAUCACUCGUCGACUCAUCUGGGAGAUUCAGCAAGACGCAGAGGAGCGUAAUCGGUAUAGGGAGGGUCGGGAUCGGUUGUUGGCAGAGACAUUGAGUUCUGUGCGUGAACAACUACAGCCGGUCAAUGAACAGAGCAGUGGCAUCGUUUGCAUAACCACGCCUCCAGCCCCAAAUAUAGGUAGGAAGGCAUACGCAUUUUACAGCUCGAUCCACCCAUCUAACCCAAUUUUGAUAGACACAUCUUCUUUCGAAUGGUCGAGGGGAUCCAAGCGCCGCCUCGCACGACUUGAGAUUCAAAGCUCAUCCAAGCACCUCCAAGACUUCUUCGAUAGUGAUGAUCAGAUUUGCGACUAUGAAUCCGAUGUCAAGGUCGUCGCCGAGGGUAGUAUCGUUGCAUCUCUACAACAGUGGGCCACCAGUUCGCGAUCUCAGGCCCUAGCCGUGGGCGGGACUCAACCUACCGCUUCCCUCGACCCAGUGGCUCUAAUUUCAGCCUGCUAUGCCUCCUUCGCACGUCAAGCUCGAUUGCCUGUCGUCUCUCAUUUUUGCACCCUUCCUAGCCAGGAGGCCAAAGGGCUGAAUCUACACGAGCAAGGCUUAAUUGCCCUCACCUACAGUAUUAUCCGGCAAUUAAUCAACUGGCUUCCUCCUGUAGUCGACAGCGACGCUGUACUGGAUCUCAGCGCCGAGCGGUUUCGCCAACUAGACGGAACGCUCACCAGCUGGAAAGCCGCUCUAUCGCUAGUCGAUACCCUCUUACAAUCCGCCCCACCAUUGCUGGUUUUUAUAAUCGACGGUCUAGACGCCAUCCACAAUCCGUCUACUGACGGAGCGAUCCGCGAAUUGGUCUGUGUGCUGCUCACCCACACCCGGCGCCAACCCCAAGGCGGUCUCAACGGGCAAGGCCCUACUCUCCUUAUGAAGGUCCUCUUCACCGUUACCGGAAGACCGAGUGCCCUCGUUGAGACGAUGUCUGAACACACACUCAUCCUCAACGAAUCCAACAAAUCCAACCAACCCACGCCGUCCGAAUCGGUCCUCACAUCGGAUCUCGGAGCGGUCAUGAUGAAUGCAUGA